UUCAAUUAAUUUUGAUGAUUUUUCCCAAAUAACACCUGCAUUUAAAAAUAGCUAAUGAAAUGAAACGGGCUGCUUCUCAUGUGAGAAACACGCUUGUUUACAGCAUCUUCAGGACAAACCCAGUGGGACGGAGUUGCUCAAUUUCCUGGAUAAAUCCGCAUAAAAGCAACACCACCAAACAUCCUCAUCUUCUGCAUCUCAUUCAGAUGUUAGAAACGUAUCAGCUUGUCUCCUGUGAAAGAGAAAAAGGCUUUCUAAGAUGAUUCCAGAUACAGAGAAUAUAUAUUGAAAAAUUAGAGCAUCUUAGUUGAGAUUGUACACUUGAAGUAACCUUUAAGACUUGGGUAAACAGGAUAUAACAACAUCACUUCAAAGGGUAUAAAGAAGCCCUCAGCACACAACUCUCUGGAUUAUUCUCACAUACGACACCACACCAAAAAAGACGUUACGAUGACUGAUCCAAACAGCUCUCUUAAUAUUGAUGACUUCAGUGAAUUCUACUAUGAAGAGUUCAACUACACAGAUCUCCAGAACUUGUCUGAUUUUGUCGUGGAUGAGAAGACGUUGCUUUGUUCCUCCAUCACUAUGGCGGAUGCCGUUAACAUUGCAUUCUGCGUCUUCUACAUGCUCAUCUUUCUGAUGGCUAUUCCUGGGAAUCUGAUAGUAGGUUGGGUCAUCACCUCCAACAGACUCUUGCUUUCCGCCUCGGACAUCUACUUAUUCAACCUGAUGGUGGCCGACACGUUACUGGCUUUGAUUCUGCCAUUUUCGGCAGUUUCCGUGAUCCACGGUUGGGUGUUUGGUGAUAUUGCAUGCAAAUUGGUUUGCCUGGUGAAGGAAGUGAACUUCUACACCAGCAUUUUGUUCCUGGUGUGCAUCAGCGUGGAUCGCUACAUGGUUAUUGUCAGAGCAAUGGAGUCCCGGAAGGCUAAGAGGAGAUUGUGCAGCGGAGUCGCCUGCGCGUUGGUGUGGGUUUUAGGCUUGGUGCUCUCCUUGCCAUCAUUCUACAACGAGGCAUUUUUCGAGCAAAUUUCCAAGAAGACCGUUUGUGCAGAACGCUUUGAGACGAAUCACGCCGACGAGUGGCGACUGGCCACGCGAAUCAUGAGGCAUCUGCUCGGGUUCCUCUUCCCUCUGGUGGUCAUGUUGAUCUGUUACAGCAUCACAGUGGAGCGGCUCUUGCGUACGCGCGGUUUCCAGAAACAGAGAGCCAUGAAGGUCAUCAUAGCUGUGGUUGUAGCCUUUCUUCUGUGCUGGACCCCCUUCCAUGUUUCCAUGAUGGUUGACACCCUCCUGAGAGCCAAAGUGGUUCAGUUCAGCUGUUUCACACAGAUGUCGGUGGACGUCGCCAUGUUUGCAACUCAAAACCUUGGCCUUCUGCACUGCUGCGUGAACCCGGUGUUGUACGCCUUUGUGGGAGAGAAGUUCAGAAAAAGAUUUCUGCAGAUGCUCCGUAGAAAAGGAGUUCUGGAGCGGUUCUCGGUCUCCAGAUCUAGUAGGUCUUCUUCUUUGACCUCAGAAGCCACUUCCAGCUUCCUGUGAGCUACACAAUGGACAUCAAUGUAUGAGAACUGCAAGACGCUCCAUAGAUAAGGUUUCUCGAGUGGUUCUUCGUCUCCAGAUCUAGUAGAUCUUCUUCUUUGACCUCAGAAGCCACUUCCAGCUUCCUGUGAACUACACAAUGGGCAUCAGUGUAUGAGAACUGCUAGACUUUGAGCUAGAACAACCCUUUGUUGUAGAGGCUAAUUGCCAUGAUGCUUUGACUCCCUCUAUUGGUCAGAAAGAGCAAAAUCCAUGAUUGGGAGAGAAGUAAAUGAGUACUGCAAUGAUGAUGCAAAAACUCUUUCCAUUGGCUUUUGAAUUAUUGCAGAAAAUAAGCUCUGUGGCCAUCAAAAGUUUAUCAGGAUAAUCUUCACAAAUUAACAACUUUUUGAAGGGGGUUUUACUGAUGUAUUUGAUGUUGUAGAAUAAAAUACAAAAAUAUCUUGAGCUUGUGUUAAUUACAGACCUCAUUUCAUUUAUUAAAAAACCCACUGACUUCAGGACAAUGGAACUUCUGGCCUACAAAAAUACAUAUGUGCAGCAUUCUAUUGCUUGGUUGAGCUUCUAGAGGUUUAAAGAAUAAUUUUUUACUAUCACUCGUACGGUGGGUUAGUGAUUUCAACAAAAACCCUAACCCUAAAAGUCAUAUAGCGAAAUUUCCAUGAAAUUUAACAGGCAAAAAAGUUCCAUUGUCUGUGUAGCGCACAGCUCAUACUGUAUUUAAGCCACUUUCAAACCAAUCAGCUUUCUGUUUGUCAGUUUUUGUGAACCCAUUGUGAAAACCGUGUGGGGAAAUAUUUCGCCAUCAUACAAAUUUCAGAUUGAUUCCUAUUGAAAUGACCAAAAUUUGCUGGACAGUGGUAAAUGUAACUUCGUUGGCGUGUAACUUCUGCAUUAUGGACAUGAAUGCAAGCUUUUUCAGAGUGAUCCAACUUGCCAUUUUUAUCUGGCGGAUGGUAACACAAAUGAGAAACUACAUAGACUUAUAUUGAAGGAUGGACCCGUUUCUGAUAUCUUAAAGACUUAAGGGUGAUGAACUCUUUGACUUGCUAUUAAGCAAACACAUGCUAUUGCAGAAUGCUAAGCUGCUGGUUUGGAGAGAAGUGUGUGGUUGAAGUUAGCAAAAUAGCCAAAAUCGCUUACAGCACAACACACUCAAAAGCUUUUUGUAGCCUUUUUGUCAAGGCAGCUAGUCUGUAUGUGGUCAGUAAGCAAAGGGUUUUAACAAAGAGAUUAUGUGCAUGUUUUAAAUAUGCACUAUGAUGUACAGCAAACAAUGUAAAUAUCAGGUUUUUCUAAAUGCUUUAUAUUUUUUCCUUUAUAAAUAGUACUUUAUAAAGUUCAUCAAAGCUACUCAAAGCUAUAUUUUUGUACUCGUGAAGUGUUUGUGGUGUAAUGGUUUGUCAGCCUUAAACAGAUGCAAUGACACAAAAACCUCUCCAGGACUUAUAAUGGAUGUACUAUUUGAUUUUCAUGCUCAUUUGUAAGUUAAAAAAUAAAAAUGUUAUGGACACUC